AUGGGAAACACGUCGCCCAGUCCUCAUCAGCUUCUUAUUGAGGCCGCGAUAUUUUGGAGCAUUGGAUUUAUAAUAUAUGGGGGAAGAAUGAUAUCCCGUGUUAUUGCAAAUGGAUCCAUCAAACGAUUAUUCUGGGAUGACCUUGUCAUGACUGCAACGUUUAUGGUAUACACGACUCUACUUGUCCUCAUUCAGAUAUCAGCACGCUACGCUACCAAUCUAAUGGACCCGAAAGAUUAUGCCUACGUGCUAUCAGACCCAACCCAAGUUCGCGACCGAAUAUAUGGCAGCAAGAUUGUGAUCGGACUGGAACAGUGCAUGUUAUUUUCCACAUGGGGAGUGAAGACAUGCAUGCUGAUCUUCUAUUGGAGACUGACGCAGAGUCUGCGCUCGAAUCUUUAUAUCAAGAUUCUGACCGUCUAUGUGGCCCUUGGGUUUGUGGUCAUAAUGGUCUGCUACUAUGCUAUUUAUUGCCGACCUUUCUCGCAAUACUGGGCUAUGCCAGUUCACAAUAUGCAAUGCGCGACUUACCAAAACUACUCAAUUACUCAAGCCGUGUUCAAUAUUUCCUCCGAUGCCGUCAUGUUCGCCAUUCCAAUACCUCUGCUCAUCCGCGCUCAACUCAAAAAGGCUCGGAAGGUUCUCCUACUCGGCGUCAUGAGUCUAGGUCUGUUCACUAUAAUCGCCGCUAUCUUGAACAAAUACUUCAAUUUCGCCUCUCCUCUCACCACAACAUACCAGAUCUGGUACAUCCGCGAAGCAAGCACAGCCAUCUAUGUUGCGAACCUGAUGUGCUGGUGGCCGUUACUCCGGAAGUUAUUUGGUCUGAAAGCAUUCUCCUAUAAUAGCAAUCGAGGACGGCGAGGAGGAGCGCCCAACAAUCAAAAUAAAGAUAAUAGUGGCUAUUCACAAAGUAGAUCCCGCCCAUCUUUCUCUUUCCCUCGUGCGCUGAACUUUGUGCGGUCUGCUUUUGCAAGAUCUGAGAAGAACAAUCCGGAAGGACCACGAGGGGAAACUCGUUCAAGCCAGGAAGCUAUUACUCAUGCAUCGAGUAUGGACGAGUCACGCCGAGUUGAAAUACAUCCCCUUGAGGACUGGGACCCGAAUAAGCGCCGCGUAGGGGAUAUUGAACAUGCGCGGCAAAAGAGUGAAGAUUCUAUGGGGAUUUUCCAAUGUGAAGAUCUAUCAUCCCAUGAGGACUACAUGCCGGCCAGGAAGACAUGA